UUUUUGGCGAAUCAGAAUCGGAGGGCUGAGUUUCUAUAAAUUUAUGAUUUUAGACUGCUGCAUACAAAGUUGUCUUGAAUGCAGUCGCGACACUUGAAGAAAUCUCCUCGGACAUGCUCAAGAAGGAAUGAAUGAGAAGACACAACUGUUUAGGUGUAUUGGGCAAGACCACAGAUUACUGCAUCACUUGCCUAGUCUAGAAAAUUAAUAUUUCAUUCAUUUUGAAUAAUAAUGUUUUUUUGUUUUUUUUAUUCACCAUCCAUCUAACCAUUUUUAUUUCAUUUUAUGCUGUCUGUAUUUUGUAUGACAAUUAAAUGACAUUUUGAAGCCACAACCAGGUAUUUCCUUUUCUACUAUAGUUCCACCUUAUGUUCAACUAUCUCUCUUGGCUCGGUUUGGUUUCUGUGGUCUCGCCCAAUACACCUAAACAGUGAAAACAGCAACACUCUCCUCACAAUGAUGGAAGGACAUAACUGUCAACCAGUCGAAAAAUGGAAGGAAUGUGAUGUCAGCUCUUGGUUGAAGUCCAUAGGAGUGAAAGAGAACUACAUUAAGAAAAUGACUGAGGAGGAAGUUAGUGGGCAAGUUCUUCUGAAACUAACAGAAAUCUAUCUGAAAUUGGAAAUUGGAAUGAAAUCGGGGCAGGCUUACUUGAUAAUCCAAAAAAGGAAUGAGCUGAUCGAGUCUUCACGAGUGCAAGAACCUCAAAAAGCCCUGAAAAAGAGAAAAGGUGUCGAUGAGAAGGAGCAGCAAUCGAUAGGCAGUCAUGACACAGAUGCUGGACCAACACAAGUCCCUCCAGAUCCAGAGAAUAAGUCACACCAGGAACAGUCAGUGAGUGUGUUAUCUACAAAGACGGACUGUAAACCACGGCCUGUAGGUAAAAAGGGUUCUGAAUGUACAUACUUACGGCACAGUGUACUUCCGCCUGAAUCUGGUGUUUCUGACCUUAUCACACCUUGUCGUGAAUACAAAUCGUUAGCCAAAGCAGCUACAUUAUCCCAUCAAAAGCUGCAAGUAAAGUUUGCUAAAGAGGUUUUUAAAUUUGGCUCUGCAUGCAUGAAUAUGCGGUCCAAUGGUACCAUACAUUUUGGAGUGAUGGACAGUAAAGGUAACACUGGCUGUGUACAUGGUGAGGUAAUAGGUGUUCCUGUGAAAGAGAAAGCCAUAUACAUUGAUGCAUUUAAGUACAUUAAAAAAUGUUUCUCAGAGCAGAAUAGUGAACAUGCGCGAAGGUGCAUACAUGAACCAGAGUUCAUAAAGGUUGGGAACGGCCCAGAGGAUCAUUAUGUCAUAGAAGUUGACAUUGUGCCAGAAAUAAGCAUUGUGAGAGACAAACUUUUCUCUGUCCGUCUACCAUAUUUGAAAGGAACAUCAAAGAAAGUUCAGUUUGAAAUGGAAAAAUUCUAUGAGAGAAUAGGCACUGAAACAGCAUCAGUUAGUAAUCUGAAUAGGUUCUACCAAUGUAUAAAAGACAGAGAUGCAUGGAGAGAAAAGGCUGAACUGCCUUGGCUUAUCAACACACCAAAUAUCGUGCCAUGCCAAAUCAACUGCGUGUUUCUAACAAAUUUGUGAGAAUUUGAGCUCCAUUGACUUCAUGAAGAUGAACAUGAAGAUAUUCUGUGUCUUUCACUUUGACCCUGAUUCUAACCUGUCUGGAUUAUGCAAGAAAUACCAUGAUCACCAUGCCCCAAACUUGCAUUUCCUGCAUAGUUACAAAAUUUCAAGUGAGAUGAACAUCAGUGCAUUUGCAAGCCAUUUGAACUUGUUUGAACAGGUUUUUGCAAUGGACGAAAUGGCUACCGUUGAAAUGAAACUCCCUGUGAUGAAAUGACCUGGAUCAAGACUGAAAAGAGUCUUCUGAAGGUGGCAGUGUCGGUGAUCUGUAAACAAGUUCUUCCCCCAGGCACCUUUUCAGUGAUUUUUCUUCUCACUUCACCAGUGGAGCUACCAAUGGUUCACGCUUUCCACGCUACUUAUGAGGACAUCAUUUGUAUUUCGGAAUCUGAAGAAAAUUACACCGCUUGGACAGGCUCUGCUAAGAUAUCUUGCCCUGAAAAUGACUUGAAAUGAAACUUAAAGAACAGCAUCCACCGGAGCACCUCUUGACAUUUGUGUUGAUGAGUGAAGAGUUUGAUAGGCAGUAUGUUACCAAAUUUGUGACUGAUUUGCUGGAAGGCAUUGAUCACUCUUCUGUUUCCACUCGCCUCAUUCUGUACGUGGCGUUACUCAACACACAAGGUUGGUUACCAUUUCUUUAUUCAAUCAAAUACCUACAGCCUGCCUGUACAAGAGGUAUACUCACUGCUCACCUGCAUUUUGAAGAGGGCAAGGGAAAUGUGUUUUUCUUGAAUUAUUUUUGAAUUCUUGCACUUGGUCACAAAUGUUACAACUUAGUGCUUUUAAUUUCCAAGAGUUAAUUGAUUUUGUAAUCUGUUAAAGUUGAGGUAGUAGCACAAUGAUUUUACUACAGCCUUACUUGUUAACAUUUAACUAGAAUGCAUACAUUAACCCUCCUAUUAUGUUUGGGGUCAAUUUGGGGUCACAACUCACCAAACCAAUUAAUCUUUUUUUUCCAUCUUGAUACUGUAUCAUUUUAUUUAUGUU